AUGGGUACGCGCCUCCACAAGCGGCCCUACGCCGUCGAGCUGUCGGCGCCUGUGAAGCUCUUCGACUUCGACUUCUCGCGCGACCCGGCGGACUUCGCGCGGCGGCGCAAGGUCGAGCUGCCCUGCCGCCGCCGCGGCGUCCUGAACGGCGUCGUGCUGCACUUCGACCUCGACGUCGACGACGGCGACCGGCUCUCGUCGGGCGCAGGCGGCGACGCGAACGGCGCCUGGGACCAGCUCGUCCGCUACCUGCCCGUCGAGGUCAAAGUGGACCGCGGCGACGAGAUCCCGCUCUACGCCGAGCACGUCAGCGACGACGUCUUCCUCUACCUCCGCGCCAAGGCCCUCGGCCCAAACGCCAUCGACGUCGACAACGUCGUGGGCCACGUCGACCUCCCCGGCGAGCGGACGCACGCGGUCUGCGUCGCGAACGCGGAUUAA